GGUUUGUUCUCAUUUUCUGUAGUUAUGAAGUGCAAUAGUCUUACAAUUAUUAGAUCAAAAUUAACGUAAUUUUCACAUUAUAUUUCUGUAACGUUACAAAGUUGCUCCAAUUUGACGGCGCUGUGACCCUGCGGAACCAAGCGGACCUGCUGACAACGAGUGACGACAUGCUAACGAGUUAGCAGGGUAGCUAUCGCUAUCUUGUGUGUGCGCGGUGGAGGUGGUUUAUAUAUGAUAUAGAAUAAUACUCUAGAAAAUAUCCCAUUGUAUUUUAGGUAAGCCACCCAAGUAAUUAAAUUAUGCCCAGCAAAAAGAAGAAAUACAACGCCAGAUUCCCUCCGGCAAGGAUUAAGAAGAUUAUGCAGACAGAUGAAGAAAUAGGCAAAGUGGCUGCAGCAGUACCUGUUAUCAUUUCGAGAGCCCUGGAGCUUUUUUUGGAAUCAUUGCUUACAAAGGCCUGUCAUGUCACCCAGUCUAGGAAUGCAAAGACAAUGACAACAUCGCAUCUAAAGCAGUGUAUUGAGCUGGAGCAACAGUUUGAUUUCUUAAAGGACCUGGUGGCAACGGUGCCGGACAUGCAGGGCGAGGGGGAAGAGAACCACACUGAGGGGGGAGGAGAAAAAGUCCCACGCAGGGGUAGAAAACCAGGGUCUGGCCGCAAGAAUGGGGGGGCUGGCUCCAAAGGCAAGGACAAGAAGUUGUCUGGCACAGAAUCAGAGCAAGAGGAUGACUCUGAAGACAGCGAGACAGACGGGGACGAGGAGGACGGCUCUCAGUCAAGCACAAAUCAGCAGGCUGCAUCCAGGUUUCACAGCUCAAACGCGCCCCCCCAGUACAUGCACAUGGGCAGCAUGGCUCCCGCACAGCCCCAGGGCGGCAUGGCCUUCGCCCCCCACCCCUCCAUGAUUAGCGUCGCACCACCUCCCCCCGCCCCCGAGCCGCACCGAAACGAGGACGACGACGACGAAGACUAUGACUCCUAGCUCCCUCCUCCUCCGCCACUCACACACACACACACACACACACACACACACACACACACACACAUACACUCUUUCAACAUUAUUUUCGGUUUCUUGAGUUGUUGUCGCUGCAGCUGCUCUGAGCAGAGGAGGGAAAGACUCUUCGGCGCAGCCUUCUGGCAGCAAAGCCCUGGAAGACACACCGCCGCAGGACACAGAAAACUGGUUGUAUAUUACAUGUUUUUUUUUUUCUUUGUUUUUUUUUUUUUAAGGUUUUAUUUUUAUUGUAGAGAAGAAUCCAAGAAGGAUGUUUUUUAAAAAGUCAGUCGUUUUAUUUUGACUAUUAAAAAUGGCAGUCGUCGCUGUGUAUUGCCAUGAGCUCCCGCAGACAGGAUAGGUGUGGUUUGUGUUGCCUUGUAGCUUUUUCUUUUGGCACUUUUCUUUACUUCCUCAAUCCUCUGUAGUAGAAAUUAUGAAGUGAACCAAUUAGUCACUCAAUGUUGGCUGUGGAAAAAAAAAAAUCUAUAAGUGGUAGUUAAAGCCUUAUUAUAGCCUUUGAUGCUCAUACACAGGCAAAAAAAACAACAACUGAUGAGCUCAGGGCAACAGAAAAGUAUUUGGAAGGUGAUCAGCACUUGUGGAAGGGAAAGGAGGUCAUUGUCUCACCCAUGAAGUGUUUUAUUACUAUGUUAUUGAUUGGCUAUGAAAUACUGCUGUUAAGAUGUGAGCCCUACUUCCCGGCUUUGUCACAACUUGCUCAUCAGUCCAAUUGUCAGGCUGUAACAUAAACAAGGAAGCAGGUGUAUUUUUACUAUAGGUUAGCCAGCCACAGCUUUUUUGAAUUAUUUCUAUUUUUAAUUCACGUUUUUAUCAAGAGAACUAUGAAAAAGUCAACCAUAUCAGCAGGUUAACGAUUAGUUUUUUUUUGUUGUUGUUGUUUUUCACGCUGUCAGAGGUUAGGCGCACUGGCAGUUGGACCUUGGACGUUAUUUUAUUUUGAUUUACGACCAUUAAAUUUCCCCUGAAUUGCCAAUCAGAAGAAUACUGUGACUCUUGGACCAUAACUUUGUUUUUAAAGUUGUUUAUCUCCUUUGUCCUCUCGUUUCGAUUCUGGCCACCCCUCCAAUUUUGAGCAACUUUCUCCUUUAUCUUUAACACCCCCCUUCCCCCCCCUUUUAGAUUGUUUUAAAUGUAUCCAAUUCAAAACAGAGAUGGGGCUCCCAUUUAUGUGUCAGUCUUAGUAUGAAAUGUUUCCAAAUGGGCAGUUGAAGUUGACACUGUAUUGUAAACUUUUAACAUUCUUUUUAUUUUGUAUGGGUGAAAUAAAGUUCAUAUUUCAAU